AUGCUUGUUCUCAACCCUCAUCUCCUCCUCCUUCCCUUCCUCUUUCUCUUGGGCUUUGCCAAUGCCGACUGGAAACUCUCCAUCAGCUACGCGAACGGCAAACAAAUCACUGCGCAUGGCUUCCGCAACUCUGGUUGCGAAGUGCUCGCAAUUUCCAACUCCCCCGUUGCCACCUUCUAUCUUGAAGGAAAUAUAAACGUCGAUACUGUCGCAUUCUACACCGACACAAUGUGUACAGCGGGAGAGUACAAGAGGGGAACCGGAUCAACCAACGUAAGCCCCGAUAAGUACUUCAAGGCCUAUAAGACAUGGUAG